AUGGAUAGAACAAAGGAGUUUUUAUCGCUUGCAGCCACAGCCAGCAUUCCGCAAAAGCGGGCAAGACAGUCUGAAGACACCUCUUUGAUCCGAGUCGAGGCGAUUGAAAGAGACUUGUGCACGCUUGAAAAUGCAGUGAGCAGGAGGAGCGCGCCCAGCAAGGAGCUAAUUGCAAGAAUAGAGGACUCGCUGGAGACUCUGCAGGAGCAGCAGGCAGAGAAGCAGGGCGGCACUGAGAUGGAAGAGUGCAUCAUAAAAGCCCUGCAAAGAAAACACACAGGGUUUGUGCUGCGGCUGACCGGCGCGCUGAGCCGGCACAGGGAAAACGAGCAGAGGCUAGCGGUCGAGCUUCAGCAGGAGGAGCAGGCGCGGCGGAGCCGCACACACGGCCGCGCGCAAGACAGCCAGUAUGUGCAGAGAGAGGUGCAGAGAGAGGAGAUCAGCAGCAUUAGAAAAAGAGAGUUUGAGGCGCUGGAGCAGCACAUAAGCGAGCUGGGGCGCAUGGUGACAGAGGUUUCUAUGCACAUUUCAAUGCAGGGCGAGCGAGUGGACACGGUGGACAGUCUGUUCACAAAGACAAAAUCAAACCUGCGCGGAGGGUCGUACGAGCUAAAGGAGGCGCUAGAAAAGGUAAACCAAAAAAGAAGAACCAUCCUGCUGGUGUUUGCAGCGCUGUUUGCAGUGCUGCUGCUUAAGUAUUUUAGAUGGAUAUAA